AUGCACAGAAUACAAGAUGGCCUCACAGCAGUUAAUACUCCAUAUGAUAUCCUCCUUAUGGGCCAAACAAGUGUGGACAAGACCUCUCUCAUUUAUAAAUUCUUGGGUCUGACAUGGGCACAGCCGUCGCCAUCUCCAUCAGGCGAGCUUCACUAUACUCAAAUCAGCACAUCUAAUUACUCCAGCAGUGCCUCCAGUCAAGCCUCUAAAGGGUCAGCAUGUCAUGAGUUGUCUAUCUUAGACAUCUCCUCGUUGUCUGAGGAGUAUUACUCAUCACGUAAGGUCGAGCAGAUUAAAAAUGCACGUACCAUCAUUUUUGCAUACUCCGUCACUGACAGAGAAUCGUUUGAGGCCCUUCAAUAUGAUAUCGAAGCAGUGAUGAUGAUGAGAAACAAUACGCUUCCUCCAUUCGUGGUCGUCGGAAUGAAGCUGGAUAUAUACGGCUAUCAGCUACUGUAUCAAGAAGGUGAAGAAUUGGCUCAUAAGUAUGGGGCCGCUGCAUUUUACGAAGUUUCAACUCAUGAAGGCACAAAUGUCGAGAGCGCAUUUGCUCCUCUUAUUGAGGAAGUCUUGAGAAGAAAGACCGAUGAGAGAAGUUCAGAGGUUUUAAGCUUGUUGGAUGUGUUGUCUGAAGAAGUCAACGAUGCCAGCAUAUCUUUACACAAAGAGGAGUCCAGUCGAGAAAUCGUUCUGUCUUCCACGUCAAUCGGCUCUUCUCAUUCACAAAAGAAACCACAAAGGACCAUUCGCAAGCAACCUACAAGGCAUGUCCAAUCAGAAAAAACUGGUUGUUGCAUUAUUAUGUAG